AUGUCAACUAAGUUUUUUAAUCUCACAGCUAACGAGGCAUUUAAAAAACUUCCACGAACGUUACAAACAUUCUUUACCAGAUAUCCGCCGGCACCAAUUAAAAUAUAUGCUACAAAACCCACAUUUACAAAUGCCACUGAUGCCAAUCCAUUUUUGCCCAAUAUUCAUCCAAUUACAAAGAAAGUUCAUAAUCCAGUGUACUCCUUACGAAAGCAGUCGGAGUUGUAUAAGACGGCUUAUAAAUUUGGAAUUGCUGAUCUGAUGCCAGUUAUGCAAAACCAAAAGAAAGUGUAUCAGGAAAAAUAUGUUAGCAAGCCUGUUCUUAAAGGUGUUUUGAAUCCUAAGGGCCACAAAUGGGAAAGAACAUAUGCUGAGAGAAAGCGGAAGAUCGCCGAAGGUAUUGCAAAUGCUGACAAGGUGCUUAUUCAGUACAGAGGUUCAAAGUACAAGAAGAGAUUGGAGAGGAGAGAAAAGGAGAAACCUACAUGGUAUUGA